AUGAUUGUGUACACUUACACAAAAAAGAGUACUGAACAGCAAAGCGAAGAAACAGUUGAAAGCCCAGUAAUGGAUCGUCUAGCAAAAAAUUUGGCUGGUGCUUUUGUGAAAUCUCUGCUACCAGAUUUGGAUUCGUCAAGUAAAACUAUUCAAGAAUUGCCAGAUGUUCGUCGUUCACCAGCAACAUACCGACAAAGUUUGCUGCCACCACCGAAUAAUUUGUUUUCUUCACAGUAUCAAUAUGCGAAUCCAUAUGAGCAACCAUUACUGAAUAACAUCUAUCCUACUGGUUAUGCUACACUUCCAGCUCAAAUGCAAAUGGCCAUAGCCCAUCAAAACAUGCCUUUAUCACAUUUGCAGAUGCCACAAGCAUAUCCAGUAUCAUCCUGGUCAUCAAAUCCAUUUGAAGCAUUGAAUGCAAUACGUCAACAAAAUCCAAAUUUGAAUACGGAAUAUCAACCGCUUGCAAUGAGUGCUCAAGUCAUGCCUAACAAAAUUUUUACAUCAUCAUUUCCUCUAACUAUCAACAAAUUUCAUGAGUUUCAUCAAAAUCAUGAGCAAAAUUUGGCACGUUAUGAUGAGGAGAAUCCAGAACAUUUUGAUUAUCAACAUCAUUACACCCAGAUUAAAAACCGAAGAAACAUACCUAAAUAUUCCACAAAAACGAGAAAGACAAGAGAAUUCGUGGAACAAAUCCCUGCUACAUCAUUUGAUUCCAUCAUGAACACAAAUGAUUAUGUAAAACGUCGACAUGAAACAAACUCGGGAGCUGUAAACGAAUUUGAUCCUAAAUAUCAGUAUGAUCAACAAACCGGAGGGCAUGUGUUACUUACAGCUAAGAAUAAUGACUUUGUAAGACGAUUUUCUGCUAGAGACCAGCUUAACCAUGAAUUACCUACUGAUGAUAGUUACGAAGAGGCGACUAACAAUGACGAAAUGCUGAAGAAUUUUUUCAAAGAAGUCUAUCGAAUUGAUGUUCACAAAAAUGGCGCAGAAUUGAAUAAUAGUGAAAGAAAUAUCCUUCAUAAUUUGAAGCAUUACUUAACAUCCAAAGCUUACGAGAAAGCUCUUUCAGAAGGUGUUUUCGAAACGAUGGCAGAUUUCAAGAAUACGCUCGAAAGUGCUUAUUCGCGAAAUUUCGGAAAAUACGAUGAAGAAGAAGCGUUCCAAACUUGUGAUAAGUGUAUUCCUAUUAAUUUUGGUAAACUAAAAGGAACAUGGACACAGGUCUAUGGAAAUCCAAGUAUUGUACAAAAAACUUUUUCAACAUUGCUAAGUUUACAUGCAGUAUCAUUAAAAUCCAACAUGAUAACUUCAUUCAGUCCAACAAAGCGUAAAACAAGUUGUGUCGGCUUACAAUGUAUAGUUUUGCCAGACGUUUUGCAAUCAAGUUCAAUGCGAAUGUUCUCUCGAGAUGAUUCACGUCUUCAUGAACUUUUUGAAAUGACUGGUACAAUGAAAUCAGAUGGAUCGGAACUUGAAUGGGAUUUAACCGGUUUAAACAUGAGAAUGUGUGCUGUAUUUUAUGGUCCAAAACGAAGCAAAAAGUAUAAUUACGUUAUUUUUGUGGAAACGACAGGUCCAUCUAAAUGUGUUUCUUAUCACGUUUACACGAGAAGUAGUAAAUUAUUCCAUCAGAAAUAUUCCGAAAGUGUCGCAAAUUUCAUGAAAAAGGAAGCUCAACGUGGCAAUGCAUUACCUGUCGCAGAUUUACCGAAACCACAUCUGUGUGAAAUCAAUAAUGACAACAUUACAUAA